CCGGGGGAGCAUGAGCCCCGGGACCCGCCGAGGGACGGCCCGGGCCCGGCCCGGGAUCUAGACGGCCGUGGGGGAGGGGAGCCGCCCUCCGCGGCGCCGUUCCGGAACCGCAGGGCGCUCGAGGACCAGGUCGCCGGCCCCCCGAGGCCGUGUGCUGUUUUGUUUCACCCUCGCGUUGUGCAGAAGUGGAGUGGAGUAAAAUGUCCACUAGGACCCCGUUGCCAACGGUGAAUGAGAGAGACACUGAGAACCACACGUCACAUGGAGAUGGGCGGCAAGAAGUUACCUCUCGCACUGGGCGCUCUGGAGCUCGGUGUAGAAACUCUAUAGCUUCCUGUGCAGAUGAACAACCUCACAUCGGAAACUACAGACUGUUGAAAACAAUCGGCAAGGGGAAUUUUGCAAAAGUGAAAUUGGCAAGACACAUCCUUACAGGAAGAGAGGUUGCCAUAAAAAUAAUUGACAAAACUCAGUUGAAUCCAACAAGUCUACAAAAGCUCUUCAGAGAAGUAAGAAUAAUGAAGAUUUUAAAUCAUCCAAACAUAGUGAAGUUGUUCGAAGUCAUUGAAACUGACAAAACACUGUACCUAAUCAUGGAGUAUGCAAGCGGAGGUGAAGUGUUUGACUAUUUGGUUGCACAUGGAAGAAUGAAGGAAAAAGAAGCAAGAGCUAAAUUUAGACAGAUAGUGUCUGCAGUCCAGUACUGCCACCAAAAGCGGAUUGUUCACAGAGACCUCAAGGCCGAAAAUCUAUUGUUAGAUGCUGAUAUGAACAUUAAAAUAGCUGACUUUGGUUUUAGCAAUGAAUUUACUGUUGGCAGUAAACUGGAUACGUUUUGUGGCAGUCCUCCAUAUGCAGCCCCAGAGCUCUUCCAGGGCAAGAAAUACGACGGGCCAGAAGUGGACGUGUGGAGCCUGGGCGUCAUCCUCUACACUCUUGUCAGCGGGUCGCUCCCCUUUGACGGACAGAACCUAAAGGAACUGAGAGAAAGAGUAUUAAGAGGGAAAUACAGAAUCCCUUUCUACAUGUCCACAGACUGUGAAAACCUUCUCAAACGUUUCCUGGUGCUAAAUCCAAUAAAACGAGGCACUCUAGAGCAAAUCAUGAAGGACAGGUGGAUCAACGCAGGGCACGAAGAAGAUGAACUUAAACCAUUUGUUGAACCAGAACUGGACAUCUCAGACCAGAAGAGAAUAGAUAUUAUGGUGGGAAUGGGAUAUUCACAAGAAGAAAUUCAAGAAUCUCUUAGUAAAAUGAAAUAUGAUGAAAUCACAGCUACAUAUUUGUUGUUGGGAAGAAAAUCUUCAGAGCUGGAUGCUAGUGACUCCAGUUCUAGCAGCAAUCUCUCACUUGCUAAGGUUAGGCCAAGCAGUGACCUCAACAACAGCACUGGCCAGUCUCCUCACCACAAGGUGCAGAGAAGUGUUUCUUCCAGCCAGAAGCAGAGGCGAUACAGUGACCAUGCUGGACCAGCUAUUCCUUCAGUUGUGGCGUAUCCAAAAAGGAGUCAGACCAGCACUGCAGAUAGUGACCUCAAAGAAGACGGAAUUCCUUCCCGGAAAACAAGCGGCAGUGCUGUCGGAGGAAAGGGAACUGCUCCAGCCAGCCCCAUGCUUGGGAAUGCAAGUAAUCCCAAUAAGGCUGACAUUCCUGAACGCAAGAAAAGCUCUACUGUCCCUAGUAGUAAUACAGCAGCUGGUGGAAUGACACGGCGCAAUACUUACGUCUGCAGUGAAAGAACUACAGCCGACAGACAUUCAGUAAUUCAGAAUGGGAAAGAAAGCACUAUUCCUGAUCCGAGGACUCCCGUUGCUUCAACGCACAGUGUCAGCAGCGCGGCCACCCCAGACCGGCUCCGCUUCCCGCGGGGCACCGCCAGCCGCAGCACUUUCCACGGGCAGCCCCGGGAGCGGCGGACCGCCACGUAUAACGGCCCACCUGCCUCGCCCAGCCUGUCCCACGAAGCCACACCACUGUCGCAGACUCGAAGCCGAGGCUCCACUAAUCUUUUUAGUAAAUUAACUUCAAAACUCACAAGGAGAAACAUGUCAUUCAGGUUUAUCAAAAGGCUUCCAACUGAAUAUGAGAGGAACGGGAGAUAUGAGGGCUCAAGUCGCAACGUAUCUGCUGAGCAAAAGGAGGAAAACAAAGAAGCAAAACCUCGCUCCCUGCGCUUUACCUGGAGCAUGAAAACCACUAGUUCCAUGGACCCCAGUGACAUGAUGCGGGAGAUCCGCAAAGUGCUGGAUGCCAAUAACUGCGACUAUGAGCAGAGAGAACGCUUCCUACUCUUCUGUGUCCACGGUGAUGGGCACGCGGAGAACCUCGUGCAGUGGGAGAUGGAGGUGUGCAAGCUGCCAAGACUGUCUCUGAACGGGGUCCGGUUUAAGCGGAUAUCAGGGACAUCCAUAGCUUUCAAAAAUAUUGCUUCCAAAAUUGCCAACGAGCUAAAGCUGUAACCCAGUAAUUACGGUGUAAAUUAAGUAGCAAUUUAAAGUGUUUUCCUGAACACUGAUGGAAAUGUAUAGAGUAAUAUUUAGGUAAUAACGUCUGCAUCUUCUAAAUCAUGAUAUUAAAAUAUAAGGACGAGAGCACGCCUGGGAGCGGAAGCUGGCCUUUUUUCUACGAAUGCACUACAUUAAAGAUGUGUGACACGCG